AUGUUUAUGGAUUGUUUUGGACUUUUGCUAUCGCAUUUGGAGGGUGCGGCUACGGAACGUCUCAUAUGCGCCACUUGUGUCUCAAGGCUGCGUGAGGCCACCGCUUUCCGCCAUCAGGUACUCCUAUGUGAGGAGCGUCUGCUCUCAGCCAAAAUACAGCUGCACAACGAAGAUGGCGAACCUCACGAUGAAGUCAAAUUCGUGCUGGACGUAAAGGAGGAGAAGGAUAUUGAUCAAGAAAAUGCAGACGUUGAGAACUAUGAUGGUGACAACAUCCACAAUGACGUGGACGAGGUCACGACCCCGCCGGCCAGACCUACGAGGGGUUCUCAGAAGAAGAAGUCAUUGAGAGCCAAAAGGGGAACCAAACCAAAUGCAGAGGAGGAAACCGCCUCGAAGCGGGAGCUGAUGAUGCGGAUCCAGAAGAUGAGGAAGAAGAUGGAGGAGUACGAGGAGAAAGGCAGCACGCGAAACGCGGUAGCCGCCCAACCGGACAGCGACUCAAUGGCCCACGAGAACACCAUCACCAUAGUGGAGUGCUCGUACGUUUGCCCAUUCGACACGUCCUUCAGCGACUACUACUGCGUGUACUGCCGGCAGCAGUUCACGGACCCGGUCGAGCUGCGGGCGCACACGAUGGGCCACGACCCGUCCGCGUACAAACGGCUGCCGCGCAAGAAGACCGCCCAGGUGGACGUUUACCGGAUCGACUGCCGCCUCUGCCCGCAGCCCGUGGCCACGCUGGACGAGCUGCGCGGCCACGUCGCCGCCCACGGCAAGCGGCUGCACCCCACCGCGAGCGACUUCCUCCCGUUCCGGCUCACCGGCGGGCGGCUCACGUGCACCGAGUGCCCCGCCAGCUUCGGCUUCUUCCACGCGCUGAAGAAGCACAUGGCGGUGCACUUCGGCGCGUGCGUGUGCGACGUGUGCGGCGCGCACUACUUCCACGAGCGCAUGCUGGCGCUGCACCAGCGCGGGCACAGGGAGGGCGGCGAGCGGCACCCGUGCCCCGACUGCGGGAAGCUGUUCCGCUCGAAGCACAACCGCUACCUGCACGUGGCGAGGGCCCACCGCCAGGAGCCCGCCUACCCGUGCCCCAAGUGCGACGAGGUGCUGUUCACGUACACGCUCCGCUACCGGCACCUGAUCGAGGCGCACGGCGACGUGAGGCGCUUCCAGUGCGAGCUCUGCGAGCGCGCGUACGACAGCAGGAAGUCGUUGAGGGAGCACAACCGCCGCUCGCACCUCAAGAUAAUGCGCCACCAGUGCGACCUGUGCGAGAAGCGCUUCUACCUGCCGUCCAGGCUGCGCGAGCACAUGGCGGCGCACAGCGGCGAGAGGAACUACCGCUGCGAGUGCUGCGGGAAGAGCUACCCGCGCCUCAGGGGGCUCAAGGUCCAUAUGCAGACGCACAGCGCGGAGAAGAAGUACCGCUGCGCUUUGUGCUCGGCGUCGUUCACGCAGAACGUGAACCUGAAGAACCACAUGAAGAGGCAGCACCAGAGCCUGGAGCCAGAGGAAGCGUUGGCUGGUUAU